GUAAAUGUUGAUGACAGCGAUGAAGACUUGUGUGAAGGACUAGAUGGGUUGAAGGAGUGGCCUUGCACUUGCGCGUUUACACUUAAAACAAAUGUCGGUUUUCGUCGGUGCGGCGGCCGUAGUCGAGGAAGAGUGCGGACCGCCUUCGUCACACUACGAUGGGGUGGUGACCGACACGGCCGACGGCGUAAACAAUCCUACGAGGUCUACGGGGAUCGCAAACAACGGCACCGGGACAUCUUCAAUCUCUCGGAGCUUGCUAAGUGAGGCAGAAGCUAGUCAAUUGAGUGCCGCUCUAGUGCGGUUACACUCGCACAACAAGAUUCUGGCCUAUGAGCAUGCUAAACAGCAGAACGAGCUCCACGCAUGGAAGGUACGGGCGUCAGAAGGGGGCUCACUUCUUGCUGGUGGCCGUGCAAGUAAUCGGGAGGACCGAGGUGAAUUCUACCUACACCAGGAGGAACAAGAAGAUGACAUUGACAAUUCAAUCUCAAUUCCACCUCUCCGGAGCCAAAGUCUGGGCUCAACAUCGCAGAAAUCUGCGAAGACGCGAACAAAAAGCACGGCGCCUUCUGCUAGCGACCAUCUACCACCGACAAGUACGGGAGAUGCAAGUGACCAUGGAGCCGCAACAACUACGAUGGACGACUCAGUCGUCUUAUGGAAUCAAAUUGAUAGUUCGUGUUUGAUCCAGCAGUCCUCAUCUUUACAGCAUUCGUCGGCACAUCAUGAUAAUGCGUCAACAACGACACGACCUCUAGCGGAUCAUAGGGGAUCUCGUCCUCCAACAGGCCUCCUUGGAGCUAGUUAUCAAUUCGGAGGUAGCAGCAGCUCUACUUCAGCACAACAUCACAAAAGUGUUACAUUCAGAGAACACCAGAGUCCACAAAAAGAGGUACUAGAUAGGUGGGUGGGGUCGAAGACUACGUCCGAGCAAGGUGGAGAUGGGCUCCUUCUAGAAGAUCUUCAACAUCCAAGAACUAGAGGUACGCCUGUGGAUACCGCCUCAUCAAGGUGGACUCCAGCAGACGAAGAUAGAGAUCGUGAACAUUCGCAUUCAUCCUCUCCUCGAAACAACUACAACACUUCUGUGAUAAAAAAUAAGAAACUCGAAGAACUACGUGAAAGCCAUCAGAGCAUGUUGGAGAUGCAAAGGGCAGCGCUUCUUACCCUGUGGUCCACAUGGACAUGUCGGAAUCACGCCAGACGACUCCAACGUCUUGCGUUUCGUUGCUGGCACCAAGAAGCGUGUUGCGCGAGUAGAAAUUUAAAACGAAUACGGAAAGAGGCAGCUGAACAGAUGACGCAACUGAAAGACAGACACAGGACGGAGAUGAAAGAACUAGGUAUGGCUAUCAUGAAAAAGUAAAGCGAAAAUGAAUAGAUGCAGAUUUCGUGCAUUUUUGUACUCCAAAGCAUCUUCUUCAUCUUUGCAUACAAGAUGACAAAGCUUAGCUCUAAUUCAACAGCGAGAAGCGCACAACAGACUGCUGAUGUGGAAACCGCCUGGCGAACCGAAACAGCCAUUGCCACAGCACAACAGCAGGAUGCGUACCAAGGUAGAGCUUUGGACAUCUUCAACAGUUUGACGCUUCAUCUACGUUCCACUUCGCGGACUGCUGUACACGGACAGCUGCGCCAGAUACUCAGUCACUGGCGUAACCAGGCGAUGGCACGAAGACACUUGCUGGAUUUGUGUCAUGUGAACCGUCAGCGCGACGCAGACCGCAAACUCUCGAAGAUGUUGCGUCUUCGACCGUGUUUUUAUGGUGACUGAAGGUCUUGUUGAGCGUUUCAUCGUCUUGAUAUCUUCACUUUGUAUGUUCAUUUAGUUCAUCUACAGUAGUUGCUCUAGUUCAUCUAUUUACUUAUCUAUUAUACAACUCUAUUAACUCAAGGUACGCAAUGUUGAUCUGAAUCUUCUUCUUCAAACACUUCUAAUUCCCUGCCAGUUGGCGUCACCACGCAGCAAAACUCCGAAAUUCCGGUCGAUCAGUCCGUAAUCGUGAUAUCGAGAGCACGAACCUCUCACGCCGGCAUCUUCUGGGGCCUGUGUGGCGCGCAUGGCGCUCUUAUUUUCGCCGAGUUCAGGCAUUUUGGACUCGAUAUUUCUUUAUCCGCCGACAUAGAAAACGCGAGCUCCUGCCCAAAGUCCUUCACACUUGGGCAGGUUGUGUGCGGGAGGAACGGUUGAACACAGAAGUUACAAAGUUGGAUGAGGAAAACAAGAAGCUUGUUGCGGAUGUUGAAGAGACCAAGAAACUUCUCACGCAGGUGGAAGAGCAGGAGAGCAGAAGAGUGCAAGAACUUGUAGCUCUGGAACAACAGCACCGAUAUAUACAACAAAACAACAAUAACCACAUCACAAGAACCUUCAUCCAGACGAGGCCGACUUCUAACAACUACACGACCAUGACAAUAUUACCCGGUGCACAAGACCAUCGAGAAAAGCACCAGAUGACCAUUCCAGCAACGUCUACGUUGAGACUCCUUGCUCGCAGUGACUGUGAUAACGUCAGCAUACAUCCAAGUGAAGGCGAAAUCUUCGACCUUAGUAGAGGUGGAGCUGCUCCGAUUCCAUCAAAUUUUGCGGACAACGGCACCACUAUAGGGCAAAUAGCUGAAGCCACCGGUCGUAGAACAGAUUCACUUCUGACCCCUUUGAUGAAUCGAUAUGGCGUAUUCCGACCUGCCGAAAUAGAGCCUGCUCUUGCGGGAGGCGCAACAAGUGAACAACAAGAAAUGUCGCCUCAUUCUCAUGUUGAUCAAGGUGAUGAAGUACAACAUGAUGAUCAUGACCAUGUUAUUCAAGAAACACUACAAACACUACACGAAGAUGAAGCCAACGAGAAUGAACAAGGCCUUCUUUCAGUGGUAUCACAAGAUCAUCAUGCUGACCGAGAGGACGCAGAUCUCCACAUCAGAGGUCACUUGCAUGCGCAUAUACUGUCCAGUACCAUCGAUAAAAUGCAAAGAGGACUUCGACUACAGGCUAUGGCAAUAGCGUUUCGGCGGCUGCAUCAUCAAAAAGAAAAACUGGCUUUUCGGUGCAACUACGGACAGAUGCAGAUCGAGAAUUUCGUUUAAGACUGAGUCAACAACAAUUGUUCCAACGCUUCGUUGCUACUAGUAAAAACGUUACUCCUAGUUCCAAAAAGUGAAAGUAUGUGUUGCUCAUGACCCAGUUUUCUUGCUAUGAGUUUCGGAAACUCUGUCCGAAUUUCAUCUGAAGACUAUAAAAUCUGUUUCUGCUCUAAUUCGCCUCUCGCAAGCGCUUCAAAGACUUGCGACGAACCUUUGAAGCAUUCGUAGCGCACCAGCGACGUAGUGGAAAAUUCUAUGCUUUACGGUUUCGUGCGCUCUUGCGUACCCAGAGACAGCUUUUCAGCGGGUGGCGAAUAGGCACAGUUGCUAGGCGCGAGGUCGCUUGGAACGAAGCGGCGCUUCAAAGAAGAGAUACGUUGGCGAAGGAGGUUGAGUUACGAUGAAUGGUGGUGGUUCUGGGUCUUUAUUGUUCUUAAGUAUAAUGCAGUUCCUUUUAGUCACUUGCUAUUUGUAUCUGAUGAAGAUUUGCAUUUACUGCUGCCUUCUACUUGUUUGAUGUGGCCUGCUCAGCUGGCUUCUCGGUCGUUUGUCCUCUUCUAACCCAAGCCUUCGUCAUUUCCAAGCAGAAACUGCAAGAAGAGAAGCUGGCUCGCGCUGUCCUCCACAUUUGGCAGAGUGGGAAUAGUGAACUCAGAACGCGUUGUGCGUGUUUCGUGCGUCUGAUUCAGUUAAGGCUAGUAUCUCAGCAGAAGAAUCCUUAGCGCCAUCCUUCCUACCUUGGGAUUGUGUUUUUUUUCAACGGAGAAAAGGGAAAAGGCUCAGAAUCCCCGCCCACGCGGUUGUAGAAGCUCUAAUCCAGCGCAUCAUAGGCGAAAAACAACGCCAGCAAACAGGGAACGCAUUUUGGACUUUGAAGCAUAGUGGAAUCCGCCAAGUCGUCCGCGAUUUAGAAAAGAGCUGUUGCACACUAGCGGGAUUCGACAAACUGAAAAAUCUCGUGAAAAUGAAAAAUAGAGCAUGGAUGGGGGCAGGUAUUUUAGCCUCUGGAAGAUAGAUCUUCGUGGAUGGGAGCAGGUAGAGAUGAUAGUGAUGAGAUUCCUUCAGGCAUCUACUUGACGUUGACUACCUCCGCAUAUGUUGUAUCAAAAAUAAACUAAAACUACAACAUGCACGUUGGCGUUGACCUCGCACACACUGGAUAUGUCGAUCCAUCUCAAAUUUCCUCUCGAAAUUCAGCACUCCUGCGGCUCCGCGCGUGCAGCUUCGGCACUGUGGUACGGAGACUGGACAUGAGCUGUCAACUAGAGGUAAAGCAGAUAGCACAAGAGAAGAGGAAACUGGAUUAUGGCCAUCCGGGUUAAUUUUUAAUUUUAUACAAUGUCGCACGAGUUGUAGAAGUAGGAUUAGUAUUGUAGUUGUUGUUGUAGAUCUGUGUUGUACUUGUAUUUGAGAAUGAGCAUGUAUGUUUAAAGCUACAGGAGAUAAUUCAUAUUCAUUUUCUAAUUCCCAGCCCUCCUAGACUCGCAGCAACUUGCCUUUCGUGAAGAACAAGCGCGUACGGAAACGGAGAAAACAGCUGUUUUGGCAACACGCAUCGAGGAACUGGAGAAGGCUGUGGUGUCAAAAACAACCGAGCUUGAAAGCCUAGAAACGGAGAGUGGUCUCGAAAUAGCGAGAUUAGAAAGUAGUUUGAGCGAGGCCGCUGCACAACGAACAGCUCUCGAAUACAAACAUGGGGAGGAAAAGGCAAUUCUGAGAAGGGAGAAUGUUAAGGAUGGGGAUUUCAAUUUCAUAGUUCGAAGGGUAAGUCCAAACUAGUCUGGAACUACAAAUUUGUGGAUUAAACUGUACUGUUGAUGAUCACUCAACAUAUUCUGCUUAUUUCAAGUUUCAAGUUCAACACCAGCAUAUCAUCAAUUUUCUCUAAAACCGAGACCUUCAAGGAGCAAGCCCAGCAACAACUGCAAGAUUUGCAAUUGGCGAUUGCUGAAGAGAAAGCAUUGCUUUUGCAGGCGCUCGAAAGCGAGAAGGGAAGGUCUGCAGCGUCAAUACAGGACGUAGAGUGGCAGUGGCACGCAGAGCAUGAGCGUCUGGUUCAAGAAGCGCACACAGCAAGAGAGGAAUCCAGACGGAUGCAGGAAGAGAAAGAGUCAUUGCUUUUAUGAGGUGCUGUACGAGAAGUGAAGAUUUUUAUAGUCACCAGCCUGGUACUAUCAUUCAAGGUCGUCAUCUUGAUCUUACUUUGUAUGGUUCUGGUAUUUGGUAACCUGAAUUUGAUCAUAAGGGUUCUCUUCUUGUUUUCCCUUAUGAUCAAAUUCAGGCUACCAAAUACCGGAACCAUUCAGCAAGGUCGUCAUCUUGAUCUUACUUAAUUAAUAACGGUCAUCCACGACCAACAUCACUCGAAGCAGAUGACAGUUUUACUUCCGCUUUUUUAGACUUUUUUGCAGCUCCUUCCGACCAUGGUAGAGUUAAAUGCGUCUGUCACUACAAAAUCCCCUUUCAUAUACCCUGAAAUUGGAGCACCAGCAAGAGACCGAGGCUUCUCUUCGACGUAGUCUCGAGGAAUAUUGCAACGUACAGGAGGUCGCCCACACUCGAGUUACUUGCGAAAGCGAGAACCUCAUGCAUCGGGUCAAAGCGUUGGAGAAACAACUGGUAGAAGAGCGUAAACGCUUCGAACAGAGUCAGGAAGUUGUCCUGUCGCAGUCUCAAGAACUCUGUCGCAUGGCGCAACAACAGAUGCUGGCGAGAAGUAAACCGACUAAGAAAGCCAGUGCAGGACGGUUAAGGCUCGUACUAGAGUUAAUUCAUCUUUGAAUGCGUGUCUCAUAAAAAGGAUUGUCCUGAAUUACAGGAAAGCUGCAAAUGCACGACUGCUUCAAUGUUGGAGUACAAUGAAUUAGAGAGGACGAAUCUAAGACGAGGUCGCAGCAUUGGCGUACCUGGUAGCAGGGUGCAAUCUUUUCGAAAGCCUGGUGAGUUUCAUAAGGGAUCAGCUCCUCCACCCCCAGUGGUGCAACAGCCGGGUAUUGUAGUUGUGCAAAAAGAUGUAGAUCAGUCCGCUUUGGGAAUCGGUAUGCCGCAGGAGGAACGACAACAUCAACAGGAGCCGCAUCAGCGUUCUUACGUUGCGCCACCAUUAACAUCUUCUGUUGCACCUAGUAAUACUACGCGUGUGGUAGCUGUCUCGUCCGGUGAUCCUCGCUCCUCUUCACCAGUCAGAAAGCACCAGCCGGUGAAACAGCCUCCCAAGCCUCAAGUUACUUCCACUGCAGGCACAGCUCCACUGAGUCCCCCAACUACUCGCAGGGCUGCAAAUGUAUAUCCGCCUAGCCGCUCAAGAAGUGUUGCGAGUAGUGCGUCGAGAAGACGCGGAGGUCCUCUAGAUGCGAAAAGACAGCGGCCACGGUCCUUUCUUUCUUCAGGUAGCAGCAUGGUGUCGUCUCCAUCUCCAAAGAGAAAUAACUCACACUCCACGUCUGUGUCUGUCGGUCGUCGGAGAGCAAACUCAUCGAUAUCUCCACGAAAAAAAGCCAUAGUGUUUGAUGCUGAUUCGGGCCGCGUGGAAAUCGCAUCACGACGCGUUUCAAGUACUCUUAGGACCCGCAGUGGUCUUGAUAAGGGGCCAUAUUCAAGGACAUCCUCCCAACAUAACUCGCCUAAAAAGAACCUUGGGCAACAAGUUCAAGCCCUCUACGGAUCAAGUCCGUUGCGAAACAGGACAGCAACCCUACUGGCCCAAAGCAGUAAACAAAGACUUGAGCAGCAGCACAAGAACUUUUUGACAAGCACUAUAUCAAGUCGUGCACAUCAAGAUCAUCAACAGCAGAACAGUGGAUCCUUGCGUCAAUCUCGAACAUCUGAAAGAUCGCACUCGCCUUUUCACAUGCCCAAAAGGCAUCAGGCACAAGAAGAGAGGCCUCGAAGUCGAGGGACGCGAAGUCGAGGGGACAGUGGAGCAAGCAACUCAACACUCCUAUCUUCGAUACAUCCUCUGUUAUGGAACUCAGUCUGUACUUUUGGCUCUUGAAAGAGAGCACGACCUAGUAUAUCAUCUACAUGCGAAGAUAUAGAAGGAGUUAGAUGUGAAUCGAUCAUGACAGUUAGAUAUAGAAGGAAUUAGAUGGGAAUCGAUCAUGACAAUUUUUACCUCGAGCUACUUAGGCACAUUCAUUCAUUCAUUCACUCAUUCAACAAAUCUCUAAUCCUUGCAAGCAUGAUUGGUGGAAGAGGAGCUCCGGAUCCACGAAAAGGAGGCCCAGAAAAUAAGACGACGAAAGGAGCAGGCUUUCUCAAUUCUUCGCUAGCCAUCGCGAGGUCGGCUAGUAAUGUAGGAGGCGGUGGAAAUUUAGUCAGUACUGCUCGUGGUACGUCUUAUCGCGGACCCUUCCGGAAAUGAAUACUUGCUGAGUUGGUGUUCUUGUGGUAGAAGUACUGUAUAUAUUAGACGUGGGGCUGACAGGACCACGACAGCGCCGGCGCUUAUUUAGUAGUAGAUAAGUUCUUGCCUGACCCUUCUUUUUUAGGUUUUGUCUAGUUAGGUAUGCUCCACCAACAUACCUUAGACAUGAUAUUUAGAUACAACAACGCAUUAUUCAUCAACUUGCAACAGAUGGUGGUCUACACAAGUUAAAGCGCGUUAGAAAAUAUUAUAAAUCGUUCCAGGAGUAAGACGGAAACUAGCACCAGUGAUUUGAGUUUGCAGCAUCAUUUUGAUGAUUUGGUUUAGUCAACAACAACCAUACUGGAUUUGGAACUCAACGCAACCCCAACGAGCCUAUCAAACAAGUACAAGCUGGUCCCUAGAGGACUAGAAGCAACAACUGGCGGAAUGAAUCCUGGGAGUAGUACUAGUAGCAGAAUAGAGACUAAGACUAGUUAAGACAUCAAACACAUGAUCAUCACCUCGACGGCAUCAAAUCCUUUUUCUCAAAGCGAAUAAAAGACAUUACUGCAAACCCCGGUAUUGACAAAAAGUUACGACAUGAGCACGACAACGACAAGGUGGUCAAGAAUGAUUUCUUCUACAU